UUUCCCAACCAGCCGAAUGACGUCUGUCUGGUCUGUUGGUCCGUCCUUUAUUAUCUUCCCCCCUUCCUCUGCUGCAGACACGUGAAACACAACGGACUGAGAAAAAGGUGACAAAAACACAAAGUACACAGAGUACACAAAGUACACGAAUAAUGUGACUUAUGUCGAGUAUAGUUACGUAUGAGCGGUUGCCAUGGGAACAGAGGAGGCAGGUGAAGCUGACAGUUUCUGUCCGAGUGAUGAGGAAAUAGAGAAGUGGAUGGACAGCGCCUUCGACAUGGCCAAAGACGCUCUGGAGAACGGAGAGGUGCCGGUCGGAUGUUUGAUGGUCUACAGCGAUGAAGUCGUGGGCAAAGGACGGAAUGAAGUGAACGAGACCAAGAACGCCACCCGUCAUGCUGAGAUGGUGGCCCUGGAUCAGCUCCUGGACUGGUGUCGCAGCAGGAACCUGGACACGAGGAGCGUGUGCGAGCGGACGGCCCUGUACGUCACCGUGGAGCCGUGCAUCAUGUGUGCUGCUGCACUGCGCCUCAUCAGUCUCCCCGUGGUCGUGUACGGCUGCAGGAACGAGCGCUUUGGAGGCUGCGGUUCAGUUCUGGAUGUUUCCUCUGCAAACUUACCUCAGACCGGGACCACGUUCAAGUGUGUUUCAGGUCACAGAGCGGAUGAAGCUGUAGAGAUGCUGAAGACUUUCUACAAACAGGAGAAUCCAAACGCCCCGAAACCCAAAACGAGGAAGGACUGAUCUCUCGAGGACAAACCAGCUGCAGAUGCUUUUUUAUAUUUCCUGUGUUUAAAUGUUAAUAAAUGAUAUUCUGAAUA